GCGGCUCGGGACGAUACCGCCCGGCUCCUGCGAGCCAGGAUUUUACUUUCGUCUCGCCGUUUCUCCUCCCGCUCCGCUUGGAUUACUUGGCUGCUCCCUCUCGGCGAUCCCGCGCGAUGGAGAAAUCCAGUGCAGUAUUAAUCCACGGAGGUGCUGUGGGGACAGUUGGCAGCACAAUGGCUUCUCAUUACCUCGUAGUGGCUCUGGCCGUUUUCUCCUCUUUUACCCAGGUUGUAAUAGAAGCCAGCUCUUGGUGGUCUUUAGGGAUGAACCCCAUGAACCCCAUGAACCCUGUUCAGAUGUCAGAGGUGUACAUUAUAGGAGCCCAGCCCCUGUGCAGCCAGCUAGCAGGGCUUUCCCAGGGACAGAAGAAGCUCUGCCAGUUGUAUCAGGACCAUAUGCAGUUCAUUGGAGAGGGUGCAAAGACGGGCAUUAAGGAGUGCCAGUAUCAAUUCAGACACAGAAGAUGGAAUUGCAGCACUGUGGACAACAACUCUGUUUUUGGCAGAGUCAUGCAGAUAGGCAGCCGGGAGACGGCGUUCACCUACGCGGUGAGCGCGGCCGGCGUGGUCAACGCCAUGAGCCGCGCGUGCCGGGAGGGCGAGCUGUCCUCGUGCGGCUGCAGCCGCGCCGCGCGGCCCAAGGACCUGCCCCGGGACUGGCUGUGGGGCGGCUGCGGCGACAACAUCGAGUACGGCUACCGCUUCGCCAAGGAGUUCGUGGACGCGCGCGAGCGCGAGCGCGUUUACCAGCGAGGCUCCUACGAGAGCGCGCGCAUCAUGAUGAACCUGCACAACAACGAGGCCGGCAGAAGAACGGUGUACAACCUGGCUGACGUGGCCUGUAAGUGCCACGGCGUCUCCGGCUCGUGCAGCCUCAAGACCUGCUGGCUGCAGCUCGCCGACUUCCGCAAGGUGGGCGACGCCCUGAAGGAGAAAUACGACAGCGCCGCCGCCAUGAAGCUCAACAGCCGGGGCAAGCUGGUGCAGGUGAACAGCCGCUUCAACGCCCCCACCAUCCACGACCUGGUGUACAUCGACCCCAGCCCCGACUACUGCGUGCGCAACGAGAGCACCGGCUCCCUGGGCACCCAGGGCCGCCUGUGCAAUAAGACCUCGGAGGGCAUGGACGGCUGUGAACUCAUGUGCUGCGGCCGGGGCUACGACCAGUUCAAGACGGUGCAGCGAGAGCGCUGCCACUGCAAGUUCCACUGGUGCUGCUACGUGAAAUGCAAGUUGUGCACAGAGAUCGUGGACCAGUUUGUGUGCAAAUAGGGCACGGACGAGGUGGGAGGAGCUGCAGCCGCCUGCCAGCAAAGGGGUGCAGGCCCUUCUCCCUUUCAGCAGGACUAUCUCCACUUUAUUUAUAGAGU